AUGGAGAUGUUUCCUUUGUGUCCUGGAGAAAGUGUGAUAGUCUGGUUUUAUCUUUACAGGAGCAGGAAAAUUCAGAUUCGAAACAUCCCUCCUCACCUGCAGUGGGAGGUGUUAGAUGGACUUUUGGCUCAGUAUGGGACUGUGGAGAAUGUGGAACAAGUCAACACAGACACAGAAACUGCUGUUGUUAACGUCACAUAUGCAACAAGAGAAGAAGCAAAAACAGCCAUCGAGAAGCUAAGCGGACAUCAGUUUGAGAACUACUCCUUCAAGAUUUCCUACAUCCCAGAUGAAGAGGUGAGCUCCCCUUCACCCCCUCAGCGAGCCCAGCGUGGGGACCACUCUUCCCGGGAGCAAGGCCACGCCCCCGGGGGCUCUUCUCAGGCCAGACAGAUUGAUUUCCCGCUGCGGAUCCUGGUCCCCACCCAGUUUGUUGGUGCCAUCAUCGGAAAGGAGGGCUUGACCAUAAAGAACAUCACUAAGCAGACCCAGUCCCGGUACGUGCUUCCGGGGCUUCCUUUGCUUCCUUCUGAGGGGUCCCCUGCGUGCUGGUGGGUCUCAGCCACCCCCAGGUCACUAUUGCUUACAUCAGCAGUGGGUGGCUGUGCUGUAUGGGACCGUGGCUUCUUUAAACAGGAGUACUAACAGACUAACGCCAAGCUGGGGGCUUUGAUGAGCUUUCAUGCUAAUGGCCUAACGGUCACACCCUGGAAGGCUAAAGGUUAAUAAAGAGGGUCCUGAUGUCCUCACAGCCAAGGACUGUUCCCAAGAGCUUAACUAAUGCUCGUGAAUGCAUUUAUUUCUCAUACAGCAGAGGUAUGGGGCUCUGUGGGAUCCUAGAACCUACUCAUCUUAGCUCUUAUCUCCUCCCCUGAGUCAGAGCCCCAGGGGUAACCAUUCUCUGAGACCACCUGGGUCAUCUCACAAAGAGCUUCAUAAAGAAGUGGGUGAGUCACUGCUAUGUCGAGCAAGAAGUAAAUACACUGGCCUUAACGUUUAGUUGUCUGUUUAAGGAGAACUGAUAGUAGGAGUUGUAGUGGAUAGAAUGACUUGUGGAGUUGUUAAUUUUUGUAUGUUCAUAAGACCACAGCACAGUGUAAUGAGGAAAGCACAGGACUUGAAAACAAAGACUCGUGUUCAAGUUUUACCACUUAAUGCCUGUAUGAUCUUGG